GUCUGGCUUAUUUCACAUAGCAAGUGUUUUCAAGGUUCAUCCAUGCUUUAGCAUGGACUGGGAUUUCAUCCCUUCUUAGGGGUGAAUAAUAUUCCAUUGUAGGUAUACAUUACAUUUUGUUUAUCCAUUCAUCUGUUGAUCGGCACAGUAGACUUUUAACUGAUGAGAGACAUGAUAAAAAUGAUGUUUGAGGAGGAUAACUCUGACAGCCAUGUUUUUCCAAAUUAGAUUUCAGAAUAUACGUUCUAUUUUUUCUAAUUUGUGAAGUUAUGUGAACAGUUUCAGAAAGCUGUGAAAAAUAAAAUGAAGGUUUAUAUGUGCUGAGACAAAGUACAUGUAAUGAAGAUGCUUGGAAAAUCAAAGACAGAAAUUUGCAGAUUAUCUGAAUAAGAGGUAGGAAAGAUAAACCCUUCUUAAUUUCAAGCUUCAGCAAAGUAAACAAACUCAAAACCUCUUCCAAUUUUUUUUUCCAAGUCCAAGAACUCAAACCAGCCUUUGCCCAGCAGGGUACACACCCUGCACAAGCCUUUGCAUUCUAGCAAGCAAUCCAGAUAGUUGCUAACAUCUGGGACUGAAAUGGAGUUGCUAGAAAUCAUUACUCUUGCUCUUGUGAUUUGUGUCACUUGCCUGAUUUUCCUUUUGCUGUGGAAGAAAAGUCACACAGCGGGAAGGCUUCCUCCUGGCCCAACUCCGCUUCCCAUCAUUGGGAAUAUGCUGCAACUAAACCCCAAGGACAUCCCUGCGUCUCUCUCCAAGUUGGCCAAAGAGUACGGCCCUGUUUACACCGUAUACUUUGGACCCCGGCCUGCUGUGAUCUUACAUGGAUAUGAGGUGGUGAAGGAAGCUCUGAUCAAUCAGGGUGAUAAAUUCCUUGGCAGAGGAUGUUUUCCAAUUAUUGAUGAUAUCCAGAAAGGAUAUGGGCUCCUUUUCAGUAAUGGAGAGAGGUGGGAGCAAAUGCGACGCUUCUCCCUCAUGGUCCUGAGAAACUUUGGGAUGGGGAAGAGAAGCAUGGAGGAGAAGGUGCAGGAAGAAGCCCGGUGCCUGAUGGAGGAGUUCAGGAAAACAGAAUCGCAGCCCUUUGACCCCAAGUUCAUCCUUGCCUGCGCUCCCUGCAAUGUGAUCUGCUCCAUCCUCUUCAAUGAGCGGUUCCAGUACAAGAGUGAGACAUUCCUCUUUCUGAUGGAUUUGUUAAAUGAAAAUUUUAAGGAAGUAAACUCUCGUUGGAUCCAGACUUAUAAUUUGUGGCCAACGCUCAUAAGGUAUCUGCCUGGAAAGCACAGAGUAUUCUCAAAAAGACUUAAUGAUCUUAAAUAUUUCAUUCUGGAAAAAGUGAAGGAGCAUCAAGAGUCCUGGGACCCUAAUAACCCUCGGGACUUCAUCGACUGCUUCCUCAGCAAGAUGGAGCAGGAGAAACUCAACCCAGAGUCUGAGUUCAACUUGGAGAACCUGGCAACCUGUGGAACUGGUUUGUUUUCAGCAGGAACAGAGACAACAAGUAUCACCCUGAGAUUUGGGCUCCUGCUCCUACUGAAACACCCAGAGGUGGAAGCCAAAGUUCAUGAAGAAAUUGAUCGUGUGAUUGGACGCAACCUGAGCCCCUCUAUGAAGGACAGGGGGAAGCUGCCCUAUACAGAGGCCACGUUGCACGAGAUACAAAGAUACAUCACCCUCCUUCCUUCUAAUAUGCCCCAUGCUGUGACCCAGGACACGAAAUUCAGACAGUACAUCAUCCCCAAGGGCACUACUGUAUUGCCAUCAUUGUCUUCCAUCUUGCUGGAUUGCAAAGAGUUUCCCAACCCAGAGAGGUUUGACCCAGGACACUUUCUGGAUAAAAAUGGCUGCUUCAAGAAAACAGACUACUUUGUGCCUUUUUCCCUUGGAAAACGGGCCUGUGUUGGAGAGAGCCUGGCCCUCAUGGAGCUGUUCCUGUUCUUCACCACCAUUCUGCAAAACUUUUCCCUCGAGCCCCUGGUGGAUCCAAAGGAACUAGAUACCAAGCCCAUUGCUACUGGGUUUAUCAAUAUCCCACCACCCUAUGAGCUGCGCCUUAUUCCCAGAUAAAAGAAGAACUUUUCUCUUUUAACCAUUCAAAUCAAAGUAACUGUUUUCCUGCCACCCCCUCCACUUCCCUAGAAAUAGUCUACUUCUUCAUUUUAGAUACUGCCUAGAGCAGAAACACUACUCACUCAAAACGGAAGGACAUUUGUUUAUUUCUACAAAUCCCUUCACAAAAAGGAGCUGGGCCUUGAAAACUCUAAGGCACAAACAAUAUUUUUACACACGUUACAGUUCUUUAUAAACUGUGCUACAGCAGAACCAAGACCAGGCCCACAAAAGGCCUUUACCAGGGACAUCUUUACAAAAUUUAGAAAAAUUAGCUGGGGUGGUGGCAUGCAUCUGUAGCCCCAGCUAUUCGGGAGACUGAGGCAGGAGG